GGUAAAAACGUUUUCAAAACCCUCGCUAGAGCAAACCCCUUUCUUCGCCCAAAGCCGUUCUCUAUUCUCGUUUCUCUUCUAUUUUCUGUUUCUAUAAAUGCAAACCCUAAAAUUUACCUGAUACCCGUUUGUAAGAUCAUUACAUAUUACAAAACCCACUUCUUUGUUCUCUAUCUGUUAUUGAAGAAAAAGGAUCUUUUUUUUUUUUUUUGCUGGAGUUUGUUUCUGAGACAUGGUCGCUCCUGUUAGUACUAGUACUACUGCUACUGGGACUAAUACGACGACGCAUACCCUAUCUGCUACAGUGAGAAAAACCAUACAAUCAAUUAAAGAAAUUGUGGGUAAUUUCUCUGAUGCUGAUAUCUAUAUGGCCCUUAAAGAGACUAAUAUGGAUCCUAAUGAAACUGCACAAAAAUUGCUUAAUCAAGAUCCAUUUCAUGAGGUGAAGAGAAAAAGGGACAAGAAGAAAGAGAGUAUGGCUUACAGGGGUUCUUUGGAUUCAAGGAAAAAUCCUGAGAAUAUGGGUCAAGGAACAAAAUUUCGUACAUUUUCUGAUCGUAAUACUCGACAAGGAGGCUAUAUUCGUGCUGCUGUUCCUGGAAAUGCAGGGAUCAAUAGAGAGUUCCGUGUUGUGAGAGACAACAGAGUCAAUCUAAAUACAACUAGAGAGCCAAAGCCUGCCAUGCAGCAAGGUUCGAUAUCCAGUGAUGAGCUAGGCAUUUCAACUGUUACUGAAAAGGGCAGAUCAUCAGGAAGUUCAGGCAAUGUAAAGCAUUCUGGUGUACGAAGUUCAUCUCAAGCUUCUAAUGGGCCUCCUGAUUCACAAUCUAGACACACCAGAGAUGCCACCUCAAACUUCACUGACAGGAAAGCAAUGACUGAGGAAAAGCGGGCUGUAGUUCCUAGUGCAGCUUCACGGAUACAAGUAAUGAAACCCAGCUCUCAACAUCAUUCUGCAACACUGGCAUCAAGCAAUUCUGUUGUCGGGGUAUAUUCUUCUUCAAUGGAUCCUGUUCAUGUGCCAUCUCCUGAAUCUAGAUCAUCUGCUGCUGUUGGAGCUAUUAAGCGUGAGGUUGGGGUAGUGGGCGGUCGCAGACAAUCUUCUGAAAAUGCGGUAAAAAAUUCGUCUGCAUCUAGUAGUUCCUUCUCAAAUUCGGUUUUGGGAAGGGAUGGUUCAUUGCCGGAAUCAUUUCAACCUUUUCCUACAAUUUCCAAGAACGAUCAAGUUAAUGAACCUGUUGCAACUGAAUCUGCUAUGCCCAGUAUCUCUGUCGGCAGGUCAUUCUUAGGCAAUCAAUAUAGCAGGACACAUCAAACAGCUGUGGGUCAUCAGAAAGCUACUCAACAUAAUAAGGAGUGGAAACCAAAAUCAAGCCAAAAGGCUAGUGUUGGUAGCCCUGGGGUGAUUGGAACACCUACAAAAUCUAGUUCGCCUCCUGCUGGUAAUUCUAAGGACUUGGAAUCAGAUGCAACUGAUAUGCAGGAGAAGCUUUUGAGAGUGAACAUCUACGAAAAUCAGAAUGUGAUCAUAGCCCAACAUAUUCGAGUCCCUGAAACUGAUAGGUGCAGGCUGACCUUUGGCAGUUUUGGGGUGGAGUUUGAUUCUUCCAGGAAUAUGCCAUCUGGAUUUCAAGCAGCUGGAGUUACAAAAGAUUCCAAAGCUGAAUCUGCUGCAAGUUUGUCAGCAUCUGCACCAGAGUCUUCAAGUGAUGAUGCUUCUGGCAACAAGCAGGUGGAGUUACUAGAUGAACAGGUUAGAAAUUCUGGAUCUGAUUCUCCAGCAUCAGGUGCAGUGUCUGAGCAUCAAUCACCUGAUAAGUCUUCAAGUCCUCCGAAUUUGGACAAUUAUGCUGAUAUUGGUUUAGUUCGAGACAGUAGUCCAUUUACUUCUUCAGAGUCACAACAUCAGCAAGAUCCUCCUGAAUUACCAAGUUUUUCGGCAUAUGAUCCCCAGACUGUAUAUGACAUGUCAUAUUUCAGACCUCAAAUUGAUGAAACUGUACGAGGGCAGGGUCUUCAGUCGGCACAGGAGGCCUUAAUCUCACACAGAGUCGACAGUAUGCCAGCUUCGUCAAUACCCAUGGUACAGCAGCAGCAGCAGCCACCUAUCGCCCAGAUGUACCCACAAGUUCAUGUUUCACAUUAUACCAAUCUUAUGCCAUACCGUCAGUUCCUUUCUCCAGUGUAUGUUCCGCAGAUGGCUAUGCCUGGCUAUUCAAGCAACCCUGCUUAUCCGCAUCCGUCAAAUGGAAGCAGUUACUUGCUGAUGCCUGGAGGUAGUUCCCAUCUCAGUGCAAAUGGCCUCAAGUAUGGAAUCCAGCAGUUUAAGCCUGUUCCUGGCAGCAGUCCCACUGGGUUUGGAAAUUUCACUAGUCCAACCGGGUAUGCCAUCAAUGCUCCUGGUGUUGUUGGAAGUGCAACUGGCCUUGAAGAUUCAUCUCGGAUGAAGUACAAAGAUGGGAACCUGUAUGUUCCUAAUCCACAGGCUGAGACAUCUGAAAUUUGGGUUCAGAAUCCAAGAGAGCUUCCAGGCCUGCAAUCUGCCCCCUAUUACAAUAUGCCUGGGCAAUCGCCUCAUGCUGCUUACUUGCCGUCCCAUACUGGUCAUGCUUCCUUCAAUGCAGCUGCAGCACAAUCUUCACAUAUGCAGUUUUCGGGCUUGUACCCUCCCCCUCCUCCAACACCAGCUGCAAUGGCAAAUCCACACCAUUUAGGACCCGUCAUGGGUGGUAAUGUAGGAGUUGGGGUUGCUCCAGCCGCACCUGGGGCACAGGUUGGUGCUUAUCAGCAGCCUCAACUGGGUCAUCUCAACUGGACAACAAACUUCUGAAAAGUAAAUGUCAAUCUAACACCUAUUGCUCGGAAGGGAUUGAAGUAGUUAUAGAAAGUUCAAUUUUCUUUAUGAAAUGAGUAACCCUGAUCUUUUCUAUUGAAUGCAUAUCCAAUGUUCAAUUUUCAAUAUCUUUAUUAGUUGCACUGAGCACCAUCCCAGGAGGCUUACUAUGUGCAAAUCUUUGCAAUUGGCACUGGAUAUAUUUUCUUUUGAAAGGCUUCUGGUGGUAGAGGCCGGGUAUGCAAAAGCACCCUUGUUAAUUUCACCUUGAAUGCAUAUAGCUUUUUGAGAUCA